UUGGGAAAAUCAUUUGAUACAUACCGCAACAAGCGCACUCAACUGAAACUUUAACCCUCUCGCUCACAGAGCGACGGUGGCCCAGAUUUACAGGUGUACGGUUUUUUUAAUGGCGCAUUUGUGUCGGGAGUGUUGUAAUUUAUUCCUUUGACAGCCGAUUUUGGAGAAUUCGAGCUAAGAGAUUGAGGCGCGAGGGCGGAUUUUCAUCAUAGAAUUAAUGUUCGCGGCGGAGCACAUGGGUGUUUCUCAGUCACAAGCAAGUCCGCAUUUGAAAGGUUAUUCGUGUGCUAAACAAAAUUUAUCAGAAGAAACACCGGGAUGUGGUGAUACUAAUACUGUAGUUCCGCAGAGUGCAUCUUCGGAAGAUGCUAUAGAGGCUUCUCCAACUGGAAAUUUGGACCCACCUUCCGAAGAUGGAUGCAAGAGUAGUUUGACGGAUAAGGUUUUAUGUCCUGAACUAAGUGUAAAAGGACCGAAACUUGAUUCUGGUUUGGAAGAUACGCACAGUAAGCUUCAAACCGUAAUAAGUGAACUUAAUGGAACAUUUAAAGAAGAGGAGUCGCUUAAUUCUGGAAGUGCACCAAAUGAUGCUGUGCUUUCAUAUUCUCAAUUAUCUAUGUCCGGACAGACACUCAAGGUUCAUUCAGAUGGUGCUUGUGGUGAGGCAUCUGCACUAAUUGAAACAUCUCAGGGUGCUGGGGAUAAACAUUGGAAUCAAGUGGAGACACCAUCUCAAGAUGCUAUUGUAAAAUCAAGGAAAAAUAAUAGCAAACGAUCUUUAACACAAAGUGAUAGACUUCUGCGGUCAAGAUCACAAGAAAAACCUAAAGCUCCCGAAUCCUGUGCAGAUCAGCAUAAUGUGAGCUCCAACUUAGAGAAGACAAGGAAAAAAAAGAAAAAGAAGCGGGGCGAGAAAAUUGAGCCUGAUGAAUAUUCAAGAAUCAGAAAGCAUUUGAGAUACUUGUUGAAUCGGAUUAACUAUGAACAAAGCCUGAUUACAGCUUAUUCUGCUGAAGGCUGGAAAGGACUAAGCCUAGAAAAAUUAAAGCCUGAGAAGGAGCUUCAAAGAGCCACAUCUGAAAUUUUACGACGCAAAUCAAAAAUAAGGGAUUUAUUUCAACGUAUUGAUGAACUAUGUGCUGAAGGAAGGUUCCCAGAAUCAUUAUUCGACACCGAUGGACAAAUUAGCAGCGAGGAUAUUUUCUGUGCAAAAUGUGGAUCCAAAGAUUUUACUGCUGAUAAUGAUAUAAUACUUUGUGAUGGUGCCUGUGACAGAGGGUUCCAUCAGUAUUGUUUAAUGCCACCGUUGUUAAAAGAAGACAUUCCUCCGGAUGAUGAGGGUUGGUUAUGCCCCGGAUGUGAUUGCAAAGCUGACUGCAUUGGGCUGGUUAAUGUCUCUCAGGGAGCAAAUGUAUCUAUCAGUGACAAUUGGGAGAAGGUUUUCCCUGAGGCUGCAGCAACUGGAGAAAACCCCGAUCAGAACUUUGGUCUUCCUUCAGAUGAUUCUGAUGAUGAUGAUUUCGACCCGGACAAGCCAGACAUUGAAGAGAAGAGUCAGGGAGACGAGUCGAGCUCUGAUGACUCUGACUCUGACUUCACGUCUGAUGAGUUGGAGACUACACCGGGUGAUAAACAACACCCUGGACAUUCUUCUGAAGAUUCAGAGGAUGAUGCCUAUGAUCCUGAUGCUCCAGAUCUUGAUGAGAAUGUCGCUGAGGAAAGUUCAAGUUCCGAUUUUACUUCUGACUCUGAGGAUCUUGCGGCUGCUGUUGAUAAUAAUGAUUUAUCAGGCGAAAAAUCUAAACGUGGUCGGAAAAAGAAGCAAAAUGUACAUGAUGAGCUCUUAUCCACAGCAGAAACAAAUCUUAGUGCAGACGAAUAUACUCCUAUUAAUACAAAAAGAAAUGUCGAGAGAUUGGACUACAAAAUACUUUAUGAUGAAACAUAUGGAAAUGCCCCAUCAUCAUCAUCAUCGAGUGACGAUGAAGAUUUUACUGAUACUGUUGGACCAAUGAAGCGGAAGAAAAGUACAAAAGCAGUUUCAACGUCAGCAAAUGGAAAUGCUCCUGGAACGAUCAUGAAAGGAGAGCAGGACGGAAACGAGACCACAAAUACCUCAAAAGGAAAUAGCCAAAGGCCUCCUGUGUAUAAAAGACUUGGAGAAACUGUAACCCAGGGACUGUACAAAUCCUUCAAGGAAAAUCAAUAUCCCAACGGAGCUAGAAAAGAAAGUCUGGCUAAAGAACUAGGGAUUACGUUCCACCAGGUUAACAAGUGGUUUAUGAAUGCUCGGUGGAGCUUCAACCAUCCAUCAUCCACCGACGCAAGGACAAAAACAACUUCGGAAACCAACUCUCCACGGCCCGAAACAGUUGGUGGAAAUUCCGAAUACAGUGGAGCUCAAAGUGAUGUAUCACUUAAGAAUGAUGGUGCCUUGGUGGAAAUUUAUGUCGAAGAUGGAACUAAGACUCGAAGGGAAACUAAUAUUCGAAGGGAAACUAAUACUCGAAGGGAAAUUGUGUUGGCCAUUGCGAAAACCAGUACACAACAAUCUAAAACCCCAAAACCUAGAAAGAGAAAGCACGAUUCCGAUAAUUAUGUGUCGGAUUUGGAAACAACAAAAGAGAAAUCAAAAACACCCUCAGAUAAUUCGUCGAAAGAUCAGGAGACGAGUGCGGGUGGACGAAGAGCAACAAGACGUAAAUCUGUUGCUUAAAUUUAAAAUAUUUUUGUAUGCUAGGCAAGAAAGAUGUAUUAAUGCAAUGUUGUUAUUGUUGUUUGUAAUUUGAUAGUGCUCCAUUUUUCCAUCAUCGGUCAGUUGCUUAUUUCAAAUUUCAUCUUA